CGAAUACCAUAAAAAUACAAAAUGGUAUUUUUAACAAAACUUAUGAGCUUAAAUCUAUUAAAAACGGCCUCAUUAGCAGUGCGAGCAUUUUCUACCAAAGCAAAGUUGUUUCCUCGAGAGGAUAGCACUACAAAGCAGAUUGUUCUUAAAUACUUAGAUGGUAAAGACAAUGGAAUCGCUGUUCUCGGACUCAAUCGACCGGAAGCACGGAAUGCCCUCGGCAGAAGUCUCGUGAGACAAUUAACGGAAGCUAUAUCUACCAUUCAACAGGACAAAAAAAUCCGCGUACUUAUACUUCGGAGUUUUGUACCUGACGUUUUUUGCGCGGGUGCAGAUUUACACGAGCGCAGUAAAAUGGAUUCCCAGGAAGUAGCGAACUUCGUGAACUCACUACGAAAUUUAAUGAAUGACCUUUCUGCCCUUUCCGCUCCCGUUAUCUCGGCUUUAGAUGGAAUCGCGUUUGGCGGAGGAUUGGAAAUGGCACUUGCCAGUGAUAUUAGAACAACUACAGAUGAGACAAAAAUGGGUCUCGUUGAAACAAAAUUGGCUAUUAUACCGGGAGCUGGCGGUACGCAACGAUUACCCAGGAUUAUAGGUCCAGCAAUGGCUAAGGAACUCAUUUAUACAGCAAGAAUUUUAAAUGGUAUAGAAGCUCAAAAAAUAGGACUAGUUAAUCGCGUUGUUUCUCAAAAUAAACAAGCUGAUGCUGCCUAUCAGUCAGCACUUACGAUUGCCAGAGAGAUUUUGCCGAAUGGACCCAUUGGUGUCAAAUUAGCAAAGGUAGCAAUUUCAAAAGGAAUUGAAGUAUCAAUAGAGAAAGGUAUGGAAAUUGAGAAACAGUGUUAUUCUCAAUUGAUAGAUACGGAAGAUAGAAUUGAGGGAUUGGCUGCGUUUGCUUCGAAACGCGUACCUGUUUACAGAGGGCUGUGAAUCAAAAUAUUCAAUAUGUGACAUUACAUGUGUAUAUUUUCUAAAUGGUUAAGUUUUUCUGUAAUGUUAGUAAAAUAAGUUUUAUUGAAAUAGAAUAUAUAAAUUUAUACAAUAUCAACUAUACAAAUU